CGGACUUCUCCUGAAGCACUCACUAAGUUUGCAAAGCGCAAAAUCUCCUCACUUGCCCUCCCUCUCUCCAAUCCAUUGCCGAGUCUUUAGAGGUGACGCAGCCUUGGCAACGCAGGCACAAGGUACCGCUGCGCAAGAAAAGAUCACUCCAAGACGCGGGAUAUUCUGUCUGCAGUUUCCAAAAAAACAAACAUGAUACUUCAGUUAUUUGCCGUAGACCUAAUACUUCUGUGCGUAUCUUGCGGAGCAAGUGCAUUGGCAACAACUAUUCCUGCUGUCUCCACGUCCUUGCCAGCCACCAAUUUCACCAAUCUAGGCGCAGCGCACAGCUAUGGAACCGACACCACGACUAUUUCCAAAAGCAGGAGGAAGCGUUACAUUAGUCAGAACGACAUGCUUGCCAUUCUUGACUACCAUAACAAAGUAAGAGGGAAGGUCUUUCCCCCAGCUUCCAAUAUGGAAUACAUGGUGUGGGACGAAACCCUGGCUAAGACAGCCGAGGACUGGGCUCAUGCCUGCCUGUGGGAGCACGGGCCACCUCACCUCCUCAGGUUCCUGGGUCAAAACCUCUCAGUCAGGACAGGACGCUAUCGAUCCAUUCUCCAGCUGGUGAAGCCUUGGUACGAUGAGGUCAAGGAUUACUCCUUUCCCUACCCCCGCGACUGCAACCCUCGAUGCCCUCUCAGAUGCUAUGGACCCAUGUGUACCCAUUAUACACAGAUGGUGUGGGCAACAUCCAACAAAGUAGGCUGUGCUGUUCACACAUGUCAUAAUAUGAACGUAUGGGGCUCAGUGUGGAAACGGGCGACGUAUUUAGUUUGCAACUACUCACCCAAGGGCAACUGGAUCGGAGAGGCUCCCUACAAAGUAGGUGUACCCUGCUCCGCCUGCCCUCCCAGCUACGGGGGCUCCUGCAGCAACAACAUGUGCUUCCCCGCUCUCAAGACAAACUACCUGCACUGGUUCAAAUAAACACAGGUUUCCUCUCGACAUAAGCUGACAACCUACAGUACCACAGAGACAUUAUUUUAAUCCCUUAAGGAUUUGCACAGCAGUCGUGGACCACACUAUUUUGUAUAUAUGGACUUAUUUAAAGACAGAAACAUACAUUUUAAGGCAGCAGACAAUUUUGAUGACUUGUAAAUAAACUGUAAAUUAAUUUGUUACAUGACUAUUUGAAUUGAUGAAAUAUAAUUUAUGUGUAGAAUGGGUCCUUAAACACAGUAUAUACUGUAUGUGGUGCUGCAUAUUUCACUAUGUUUGUUUACCAUUGACAAUGUGGUAAUUAAGGACAUAAUAAGAUCAUAGCAGCUCAUACCUGCUCACUUUGGUGCUAUGGGAAUCACACCUUCAUGUUGUGUGCUCUGCCUUCACAGGAAUGGUGUGAUAUAAACAUCAAAGCUUUUGACCUCAGAGGGUAAAACCUACACACUGGCAGUGUCAGCUUUGUAGCUGCUGUAGGUAGGCUACAUCAAACUUCAUACUCAAGUCUAUUGCAAUUUCCAUUUGUGUCCUGGAACAAAUUGGCAACAAUUUGUUGACAAGAGUGCACUUACUGUAAACUGAAAAUAUAUGACAAAAUGACUACACAGUCAGUCAGAUUGAGAGAUCUUUAUUUAAAGGCGUGAUGCUAGCAUAGAUGACGCCUCUGUUGUCAAAAGCCGUUUGUUUCAACAUUAGUGCAUUUGCAGUUUUAAUCUGCACUGAUUAGGUUGUUUCAUUACAGACGUUUCACAGGUUUCAUUCAUAUUAUAUCUAAUAUUUAUGCUAAAGAGAGCACAUAGAAUAAAUCUGACUCACAUAUCUGUUUUAUAAUCAUAUUUGUACAUGGUGUAUUGGUAUAUUGGAACAAUUUCAUUGUUAAUAUUUUGUUAUGAUCACUGAUGUAGUUUGUUUUUUGGAGUUAAUAGGCACUCAAGUGCACCUUAAUUUUUUAAAAAUUUCCAAAAUACCAGGAAAUUCGUUUUUUUGUACAUGUAGAUAAUCAUUAUACAACGACUAUCCUAAAACAAGUAUACUGUAAGUUAUUCAUUUUUAUAUGGGGAAAAAUAUUUAAUUGAUAUUCAUUUUUGUAUUGUUUUGUAAAAGAAUUGUAAAUAUAUCUGAAUGAUUAAAAUGUACUGAAUAUGGUUCAUUUGCAUGUCAACUUUUAUAAUUUUUAAGGAAAUAAUGUAAAGUAACUUGGUACUAUUUCUAUGAACUAAGCACUAGCAUAAUGUUGGCAAGUGAAUGCCUCAACACUUUUAACUUUGGCAAAUGCAUCAGAAUUUCUUUUCAAAUUGGGACAGUUUCUGAGAAGGACACAAUCAGCAGUGUGAUGGAGACAUAUCCAAAUACAGCAAAAAAUGUAGCCAUUGAUGCAAACCUUAGAGGGAAAUAAUGCUUUAUAAAAUAGGAACAUAUUCCGCACUGACUGUAUUUAAAUCAACAACAAGCUAUUUAUGCAACGAACUGCGCUUUUCCUGUUGUGUUUUGUAUUUGUAAUAAAAAUGGUCUAUUUUGA